UGUCACUUCGUCUCUCUUGGCGUCAACUUGUACGAAUCUAACCGGGAACUUUUCUAGGUGAAUUUUAUAAUGGCGCCAAUUAUUCUAGCAAUGAUUUUACUCGGUAUUGCGGCUAAAGUGAACGCUCGGCCAUACAACCAGGACAACGAGAUCGGCAGCGUGGACAAUAACUUUGAAAUCGAGUACCGGCUCGCCGCCGUUAUGCAUGCGCUGGUUGACACUUGCGCCAACAGAGCCGAGAACAGCGCCCCAGACGUCGAGCAGCUUUUCGACGUCGUCUGCCUGGUUUUGAACGGGGAAGGAUCGGGCGAAGGCCCAGUGGAAUUAGGCACUGGGGAGGGCUUUAGAGAGCUAGGCUCGGGAGAGUUUCCCGAGGAGCAGAGCCCCAGGUGGAUCUACAACUUUGAUCCCAUAGUCAAAACAGUCACAUCCGACAGGAUUUUCCAGCAAACCCUGAGUAUGAUCGUGGAGGGCGCCUGCCAAGCUGCUGUGGGUAGCGGAUAUGUGGCCAGUGAUAUUGAAUCAUUCUGUCGCAACAAUCGACGGAGUAGCGAUGCGAGUGUUGGGGACGAAAUUGGGAGCGGAGAUGGUUUCAGCAGUAGUGUUGACGUCGAUAAUGAUGCCGUCAACAAAAAUGAUCUCGGUGGAUUUUCAAUAUCUUGGGACUCUGGCAACAACGACUGGCUUGAUGAUGAUCCAUUCUUUUUUGCAAACCUUGGGGGAUAUUAAAUUCACAAAGGGGAAAAGUAUUUUCACAAAGGGACAAAGAGGUAAAAACAAAUAUUGUGGGAUGCUUAUAUACUUUUUAACACUAUAAUUAGCUACCUAAGUUACAGGUCGGUAACAAAAAGGAGCUACAUGUAUGUUCAUUCAGUCAACUAGAGCUUGGUUUAUUUUUCAAAAUGAAUUCUUAAAGGU